CCCCGGGCCCCGAGUUCGACCCCCGGCCCCCGGCCCCCGCCUGCGAGCCCCCCGGACGCUCGCCGGGCCCUUUGUGCGGCGGGAACGGCCAUGGCGGCCAACAUGUACCGGGUGGGGGAUUACGUCUAUUUUGAGAACUCCUCCAGCAAUCCCUACCUGGUUCGGCGGAUUGAGGAGCUUAACAAGACUGCAAAUGGCAACGUGGAGGCCAAGGUGGUCUGCCUCUUCCGGCGAAGGGACAUUUCUGGGAGCCUCAACAACCUGGCCGAUAGCAAUGCCAGGGAGUUUGAGGAAGAAUCGAAGCAGCCAGGGGUGUCGGAGCAGCAGCGACAUCAGUUGAAACACCGGGAGCUUUUCCUUUCUCGGCAGUUUGAAUCCUUACCAGCCACCCACAUAAGGGGGAAAUGUAGCGUCACCCUCUUGAAUGAGACGGAUAUCUUGAGCCAGUACUUGGAAAAGGAGGACUGCUUUUUUUACUCGCUGGUGUUUGACCCUGUGCAGAAGACACUUUUAGCUGAUCAAGGGGAGAUCAGAGUUGGCUGCAAGUACCAAGCUGAGAUCCCAGAGCGCCUGGUUGAGGGAGAAUCGGAUAAUCGGAAUCAACAGAAGAUGGAGAUGAAAGUCUGGGACCCAGACAAUCCUCUGACAGACCGACAGAUUGACCAGUUUCUCGUGGUGGCCCGAGCCGUGGGGACCUUCGCCAGAGCCCUGGAUUGCAGUAGCUCCAUCCGGCAGCCCAGCCUACACAUGAGCGCAGCUGCUGCCUCCCGAGACAUCACUCUGUUCCAUGCCAUGGAUACGCUGCAGAGGAAUGGCUAUGACCUGGCCAAGGCCAUGUCGACCCUGGUGCCCCAGGGAGGCCCUGUGCUGUGCCGAGAUGAGAUGGAGGAGUGGUCGGCCUCGGAGGCCAUGCUGUUUGAAGAGGCCCUGGAGAAGUACGGAAAAGACUUCAAUGACAUUCGCCAGGAUUUUUUACCCUGGAAGUCACUUGCCAGCAUAGUCCAGUUUUACUACAUGUGGAAGACCACUGACCGCUAUAUUCAGCAGAAAAGAUUGAAAGCUGCUGAAGCAGAUAGCAAACUGAAACAGGUCUACAUCCCCACCUACACUAAGCCAAAUCCUAACCAGAUCAUCUCUGUGGGUUCCAAACCUGGCAUGAAUGGGGCUGGAUUCCAGAAGGGCCUGACUUGCGAGAGCUGCCACACCACUCAGUCCGCCCAGUGGUAUGCCUGGGGCCCACCCAACAUGCAGUGCCGCCUCUGUGCUUCCUGCUGGAUCUACUGGAAGAAGUACGGAGGGCUGAAGACCCCAACCCAACUUGAGGGGGCUGCACGGGGCACCACAGAGCCACACUCGCGGGGUCAUUUGUCCAGACCCGAAGCCCAAAGUCUCUCCCCUUACACGACCAGCGCCAACCGGGCCAAGUUGUUGGCCAAGAACAGGCAGACGUUCCUGCUCCAGACCACAAAGCUGACCCGCCUGGCCAGACGCAUGUGCAGGGAUCUGUUACAGCCGAGGAGAGCUGCCAGGAGACCCUAUGCCCCCAUCAAUGCUAAUGCCAUCAAGGCAGAGUGCUCCAUUCGACUUCCUAAGGCCGCCAAGACGCCAUUGAAGAUUCAUCCUCUGGUGCGGCUGCCUUUGGCAACUAUUGUCAAAGAUCUGGUGGCCCAGGCACCUCUGAAACCAAAAACACCUCGGGGUACCAAGACACCAAUCAACAGAAACCAGCUAACCCAGAAUCGGGGUCUGGGGAGCAUUAUGGUGAAACGAACCUAUGAAACCAUGACUGGAGCAGGGCUUCCCUUCUCUGCCAAUGGAAGGCCUCUGGCCUCAGGGAUUCGUUCAAGUUCUCAGCCAGUAGCCAAGCGCCAGAAACUCAACCCAGCUGAUGCCCCCAAUCCUGUGGUGUUUGUGGCCACAAAGGAUACCAGGGCACUGCGAAAAGCUCUGACUCACCUGGAAAUGCGGCGAGCUGCCCGCCGGCCCAACUUGCCCCUGAAAGUGAAGCCGCCACUGAUUGCAGUGCGGGCCCCCGUCCCUCUCCCUGCACCCUCACAUCCUGCCAGCACCAAUGAGCCCAUUGUCCUGGAGGAUUGAGUGUCCGGGAAGGGAGGUGGGCAAGAUAUGAGAGGAUUGGUGCCAGAGCACCCAAUCUCCCGUCCCUCUGCUGUCAGAGCUGGGGGGGGGAAGCCAGCGUGUGUCCACGGCGGGGUUCUGUGUCCCCACUGAGCUGCUCCCUGCCUGGUGAUGGAGGGCGGACUGCAGGGACUCAUCUUCCCUGGGAACCUGGCCUGUUACAGGUGGGAAGAUCCACAGUGGUCUUGGACAGUUUGGGGGGGGGAGGGUUUUUUAAUUUUUUUAAAGAUUUCGCCUCCCUUUGUGAAAGGGAUGGGGUCGGGGAGAGCACACAUCAGGUGGUGGUACCUGGUCGGGGAGGGGCAUGCACUGCCAUGACUGCCAUGUCUAUCUUUUUCGGUUUUGUUUUUUGCUAACUGGGGUUUCUUCCUGUCCGGUGUCCGGACUUUUCCGAAUUGGACUCUGAGGCCCCUAAGCUGGCAUCAACACCAGCCCUUGCUCGCUUACCUUACCUCCCUUAUCCUGCCGCCUUUUGUAUGCCAAUUCUCAGAAAUAAAGAUCUUUUGUCCGUUUUUUUAA